GCACGCGAACAGGAAACCUCCCUUCGUAGACGAUAUCAGUGUUGUCCAUCAACCCUGCCACUCUCUUUCAUCUCCCGAGCUCAUUUCAUGUCCGACAAGUCGAAGUAACGGUGCAACGGAUCCACAGUUAAUACAGGGCUGGAGAACAGCUACUCUCUCUUCUUCCACGAUUAGAAGAAGCGUGCAGAGCCGUCUAAUCGGCACGUCCCUUCGUGGUUUGCCCUUUUUGCAUUGGCUGGAACUCGGCGUUGGAGAGUAGAAGCAGUCGCCCAUCGGCUGCUCCUCCUCCUUUUGCGACGCCGGCGAUAAUCCCUAGCAUUUCCCUAGGUUUACGAUCAUGACUUGGAGUGUGGUGAAUGAUGGUGAUGGUAUGCCCAGGGUCAUCUUGACGGAGCCUAAUGGCUCCUCUGCCGAGGUUCUUUUGUAUGGCGGGCAGGUAGUUUCUUGGAAAAAUGAUCGGCGAGAAGAGCUGCUUUUUAUGAGCUCCAAGGCUGUUUUGAAACCACCUAAAGCUAUCAGAGGAGGAAUUCCUAUCUUUUUCCCUCAAUUUGGUUUGGGAUCCCUGGAGCAGCAUGGCUUUGCAAGGAACAGAUUGUGGGCAAUGGAUAGCUGUGCAUCUCCAUUACCUCCUCCCAAGAAUCAUUCUACAAUAGAUCUAGUUUUGAAGUCCCAAGAAGAGGACAUGAAGACAUUGCCAAGCUUUGAGCUACGGCUGCGAAUUAUAUUGAGCCCAGGCAAGCUCACUUUGAUUCCUCGGGUGAGGAAUACUGACAGCAAACAAUUUACAUUCACCCUUGGAUUGCGUAAUUACCUUUCUGUUUCAGACAUCAGUGAAGUCCGAGUUGAGGGAUUGGAGACGCUCGACUAUUUUGAUAAUCUUAUGCAAAGAGAGAGGUUCACUGAACAAGCAGAUGCAAUUACGUUUGAUGGGGAGGUUGACAGAGUUUAUUUAAGCACGCCGGGAAAGAUAGCCAUCAUAGACCAUGAGAAGAAAAGGACCCUUGUUCUGAGAAAGGAAGGCCUGCCUGAUGCUGCCCUUUGGAACCCAUGGGAUAAGAAGUCGAAGGCUCUCCCAGAUUUUGGUGAUGAGGAUUACCAGUUCAUGCUAUGCUUGGAUUCCGCAGCUGUUGAGAAUCCAAUCAACCUCAAACCAUCGGAAGAAUGGAUGGGCCGUCAGGAACUGUCAACCGUGUUGUCGAGCUACUUCAGCGGACAACUUGAUCCUUGCAAAGUUCUUGCGGGACACUAACCGGUCAUCGUAUCUUCCAUUUCGCACCAAGGUUCAUCAGAGUAAGUAUUGUAUAGCUACAGAUGUUCUUACUUUGUUUUUCUGCAUGUGUGGUUGGGCAUCAUUGGACUAUGUUUGAGUUCCGAUUUGUAGAGAACGUUUGAGUUAAUCAUGUGUUAUUCUUUCCCUUUUUUUCUGUAGAAAUUUACAACUGAACUGUGUCUUUUCAAAUGCUAUAUUUUCUGAA